CUCUCAAAUGUAUUGUGUUCUCUUUUAGUAUGUUAGUACAUUUUUUACUUUCUGUGAUGUUUUUAUUAACCAAUUCACCAAUGUUUUUAACUGAUGCCCUUGCUAGGAUAGUUAAUGCUUUAAACAAUAUCAGCAACAUUGUAGCAUAUUAUGAACAUUGCAAGGAGUGAAUUUGAUUUUUAGUGUAGAAAUUUUUGUGUAGUAAAUGUGUUUAUUUUUCUCAAUUCAGGAAAAUGUCCGAACACAGGGAAGAUUUUGAUGCUCAGAAUGUUGCUGAAGCAUCAGAAGAAAGUGAUGAUGCUUUUGAAACUGUCAAUAUUCCAGUUCCCUCAGAAGAGCUCCCAGAGUCUCCUCAAACUGAAGGCAGUGGAUCUGAAGUAGAGCCAUCUGAUGGGGGCCGUGCGACCCUCGUUGAGGAGAGUGACCAGAGUGUUUCAAGUCUGGAAACAAAUGAUGAACCACUGAUAGAAGGGGUUAUAACACCCGGACAAGUUUCAUUUUCUCCAAAAUUUAAAAAGCACUAUCUGACUAAGUCUGAUAAUGCAGUGAAGUCAGGCAGACAGUAUUCAUAUGAUUCUGUGACACUUAUGGAUAAAAUAAAGGCUGCAAAGGAAUCUCUGAAAAUGUCAAUGAAGGAGGCUGUAGCAAUAGUAAAAGUUAUACUUCUUCCCGUGGGCCAGGAAAUUAUAAUGCCUUUUAAAAUUGAUGCCAUUUUUAAACACCUCAAGGAUCAUUUUUCCUACCUAUUAAAAGUCCCAUCUGAUGUACUGCAGAUAAGAUAUUCAGGAAUCGUUGUUAAAAAUAAUGAGACUCUCAUACAGCAUGGAGUUAAGCCACAGGAUAUUAUACAAGUGGAAAUCUUUUCUACACAUCCAGAUCUAUAUCCAAUUAAAAGGCUAAGUGGAUUAAAUGAUGUCUCUCAAAUCAUAACUGUCAGAGUACAAACUGGCAUUCAUGAGUGCCAGGAGGUAGCUGUUGAGAUUAUAAAAUCUGAUUUUCACAAGCCAUUCCUUGGUGGAUUCAGACAUAAAGUCACAGGAAUAGAAUAUCACAAUGCUGGAACACAAACUUUACCUAAAAAGAUUCCUGAAAAAUCCAAUAUAUUUUGUAGAGAUACGCAGACAGUUUUUCAGAGAAAAAAGCUCCAACAAACUACAAAUACAGCAUCAACACAGAUGACUGAAAUUGGUGUGUAUGUAUCAAAUAUGACUGAUAAGCUGGUAACACCAGGAAAAUAUUUUUCAGCAGCAGAAUACCAUGCUCAAAGAUUAAAGGCGGUAAUAGUGAUACAGACUUACUACAGACAAUGGCAUGCUAAAAUUGUAGUAGAGAAUUUAAGAAGACAGAAAAUGUUAAGGUUGAAGUGGGAAGAACAGGAAGAACAAAGGAAGAUAAGAGAAAAAGAAGAAUGGAUGAAACUGGACUAUUACCGAAGGCAUAAUCCUCAAACAAAAGAAGAUUUUGAACUUCUUUAUAAUGCACUAGAACUUUGGCAGCAAGAAGAGACAGCACGCAUUAACCAGUCUUUUACUGGAGCCGAAAGGAAAGCUGCUUUGUGUGAACUUCUGGAAAAAGAGAUCCAGAUAAUUGCUUCCAUUGGGAGGCAUAGAUACAUCGCUGAUAGGGAGAACAAGGAAGCAUUAGUACAAACUUUUUUGAAUAAGUGUUCAGCUCCAAAGAUAUGGAGAACAUUUAAUGGAAAAAAAAUUGAGAUGGAUACACAGUUCACCAUCAGAGCCAGAGAGCUUCAAAACAUCUAUGAAUGCAUUAUGCUGAAAAAUAUCUCUCAAGAUGAGAGGCUGGAUGUACUCCUGACACUUAAACACACUGUGAAGGAACAUGAAUGUAAGCUGACUCAGGAAAUUCUAGAAUUAAUUGACAGAGAGGUUGACCUUAUGAUGAGGGGAGUCAAACAGCAUAACCUUGAAGGACUCAGAAAAAGAAUUGCAACACUCUUUUUUCACUACAUCAAAACACCUCUGUUUAAUCCAGAAGCUGCAAGACACCUUAAGGUCCCUCAAGACCCAUUGAAGUUUCAUAAGAAGAUUUACUUUUGCCAUAGUUGCCAGCUCUAUUUGCCUUCUACGGAGUUUGCCAUAUCAUCUACCUCACAGCGCAUAUACCGCUGUCGUAACUGCAUUAACCUUGACAAUGAGACACGACGACGAGAAUCAUUUUUGAAGUAUAAAUGUUUACUUAAACGGCUCUACUAUUCAGAAGCUGAUUAUGAAGAUGAUUCUAAAAUUGCUUUCCUGAUGAAGCUACAAGAUAUUCAAUACCUGACGGAGAACAUCUGGGCAUCCCAGUCAGUGCUUAGUGCCUGGAAUGAUCUCAGUGACCUGGUCAUGGUCAGAUGGGAUAAGUCUCUGGAGUGGUCCCCCUGGAACUGCAUUCUUCUUACCAAAGAUGAAGGCAUUGCUCAUCUCAGGCUAACAAAUGUUGAAGAGGCAUAUGAACCCUUGUUUAUUCACAAGAUCAAACACAAACAUAUCCUGGCUAAGAACUAUUUUUCUCAGAUCCCAGUGCUGGCUUCAUUUAUACUUGAUGAUGGUGAAAUAGAUGAGAUCAGAAAGAAAUAUCAUACAGAAACACCACCUAAGAUUAUAGAGUCCCUGAUGCCCAGUCUUUAGAAGAUCCAGGAGUAUUUGUUCAACAAUGAGUAUUUCUGUCCACAGAGCUCACACAACAUGGAAAUAGAAUUUUAUUUUUUUAUUGGUUUCAAUUGUUUUUGUUCUUAAAGCAUUAUAAGCUGUAUGAAGAGAAAACUGAUUAGACAAUUAGUCUUAAAUUGAAAUGGUUUUAUUCCUGAAAUUAAUAUUUUAAGGUAGAAAGAUUUUCUUUUCUUAUUUUUCAUAUUAAAUUUUUUCAGAAAUUUUAGUGCAUCAUAGUUAAAACCAACAAACAAAAGCUAGGCUUAACUCUCAACUCAUUUUAGAUAAAAUGUAGUUAUAGGAGAAUAGUAAGUAUAUCAUGGGAGGAAACAAUUUUAAUUUCUUGAAAAUCUUUACAGAUUGGAUAAAAGAUGCUAUGUUUUAAUAAGAGGAUUUGAAUCUUCACUUUUUAUCUUCUACUUUCACCUUUCAUCCUUCUCAAAAUUCCAGUAGAACAACUGAAACAAUUAUAAACAAACAAAAAGUAUAUUCUAUGCCUGAAAAUAUAGUAAACAGUGGAACUAUCUUUUAUCCUAUGGAAGAAAAACUCCUAAUGGGGCAAUGGGGGAAGUAUAGGAAGUGGUCAAGUAAACUGUAAUACUCCCUUUCAUCAGCAAGCCAAAGGAAUAACCUUGACCACAUGCAUGUCAGGGAUUUACAAUGAUGAACAAGGGUAUGUGAAUCAGUCUUAAACAGGAAACUGAUGGCACACUCAAAAUAGGAAAAUUCAAAGAGGGUUUAUUUACAAAGGGACUUAUUAUAAAGUGUGGCCAGUGUGUAGGGAGCCGGAGGAAUAGUGCAGGAACCCAGGGCCAGUGUUCACUAAGCUGUCUGUACAGUAGUCUCAAAUGAACCUAGGGAGCGAGAGGUCUGGGAAACUGGGAACCCAGAGACUAUAAAGAAGAUAAUUAAGAGGAUCAGUGACCAACUGUCAGGAGAACAGCCAGUCCUUGUUGAUCUCAUGACUAGGGAAGUAAGUACUCUGAGCUCAUACUUCUCCCUUCCUCCGGUCUCCUGCUUGUGUUUCCCACUGACAGAACCCAAAAGGAAAGCAGAAGUCUGCUGGCAUAAUUCAUGCAGCUGCAGGUCCAAGAGUGGAGUAGAUAAGGGGCAAAGUGGAGCUGGAUACCUAACUAGAGAGAAAGAAUUAAAAGUGAAUAUCUGCAACUCAAGUAGCACUAUUUCAUACACACACACACAUGCAACAUAAUUAGAUAUAAAUGUAAAUGCUAUAUAAGAUAUAUAUUAUAUAACACAAAUGCUGUAUAUAAGAUUGUAGACAAGGGGGUUGGGGAGAAUUUUUCUCCUAAUUCCAGUCAGCAAUUAAUGAGGCUGUUCUCCCAAGUUUAGUCAUCAAAAGAAUUCAAUCUAACUACUAAUAUUUGUUAUUCAUAAAUAUUUACCAGCAUUUUAGCAACAGAUAUUCUAGUAUGUCUACAGUUUUUUUAUUUAGCAAGAGCAAUUGCUUUUAAGGAACUAAACAUCAAGGAGGGAAGUGCUAUAAUUCUGUUAGUUUCAAGGUUUCAAGAACAGUUCAGACAUUCAGAAACUUACUAAACAAUAAAUUUGAGCUGGAAUUAGAUCGGAGGCCAUUCCAGUCACUGAGAAACAGGUAACAAUUUAGCACAGACAAAAGUGGGUUUAAAUUGGGAUGUAAACAACCAUAUUUUCACAAGAUGGUUCAGGAUAAUGCUCUGUCUUCAGACAAGUAUGGGCUGGGGAGGCAGGCAGUGAGGGGGGAAUAAUCCCAGGGCAAAUAAAGGACUUCGGGAAUUCUCCUUUUGCCCUAAGGGUGAGACAACUGACUAGACGGGCAUUUGCUUAUAAUAGUGGAAGACUUGUAGAAUACAACUGUGAGGGGUGGGCCAACCAGAGCAAUUGAUUCCUGGAUGAAAGGGUCAGUGCCUUAAUUUAGGGCUGGGAGAAUCACCAGAAAGAGGGAAAAGGCAUCUCAACAGCAGAGAGGCUUUCCCUAAUAAACUCAAUUUUCUGGUAAACUUUCCAUCCAUUUGUAACUACAGUUCCUGUUUUACACUGGUAUCCAAAACUCUAUAGCAGAGAAGGCUAGACUUGGAGUUGUGUCGGGCUAGAGAGCAGUCAAUGGGGUGUCAGGUUGCAGCCUACAAGAAUCCUAACUCCAGGUUACUGUAAAGCAGCAACUAGUUAAGCAGUUAAGUUCCCCUGUCUUCGUAGGACCUGCAUGCCUCUAAUUUAUGACCUGAUGAACAUACUUCCCCUGGCCCACUAAGAAAUGAAAACCUAUUCCUUUCUUUCUACUUUAUGAGGACUUAUAUUAUAUCAUAUCGUAUCAUAUUAUAUGGAUAGAGGCCAAAGAAAUAUUAUAGAACAAAAUUUUAUAUUCCCAAAUUGCAAAAACAGGCUGAUCAAGAACAGUCUCCAAAUAUGUAAAAAUUCAAAAAUCAAAAAGGGACCCUUCUGAGGAAUUCUUAUAUAUAUAUACACACACACACACACAUAUAUAUAUAUACACACACACACAUAUAUAUAUAUACACACACACAAAUAAGAUAGCACUUUUCAUCCUUUGGAGGAAAAACAAUACCAGGACAAUUGCUUUUAGUAAAAUAAACAGUUGCUGAAUUACUAAAGUACAGCAAGCACAUUGGUGGCACUGAGCAGCAAAUUUAAUACCUGAAAGUAAAGCUUAAACAGAAAUUUGGUGGAUUACCUCAAGAUAGUCCCCUAGAAUCAGAGGAAAAGGACAAAGAGAUGAGGAUGAUGUAGAAAAAUAGUAAGUUUAAAGACUUUGCUCUGUCUACCUGAGAAGUAGCAUAAACCUAGAAUGGAGUAGAAAAAGAGAAACAAAUAGAAAAGAAAGAGUUAAAGCUAAUUUCCCUAAGUUAAAAAGAUAGAAUAUUUCACUGUAUAAAAAGUCUACCAAGUACUGGGAACAUUAAUAUAGAGACACAUAUAACACAGCUUUUGUGGCAUAUCUGAAUUUCAGGAAUAUUGGACAAGUUUUAUAAGCAUUCAAGUUGGAGGAAAAGAGCCACAAGAAAAAAAAUGGCAUAGAUCUCUUCUCCAAAACUAAAUGCCAGAAGAUAAGGAAGGAACAUUUCUAUUGAAGGAUUUUGGAGUUUGAGGGUAAAAAAAUGACCUAAGAAUUUUAUUUCCAGACAAAGUUCUUGUGUGUAAAGACAACAGGAAGACGUUAGGCAGAAUAUCAUCAGUCUGUGUACCCAUUCUGUGCUCCAGCUGGCUCAGAACCGUGGAGGGAGGGCAUGGGCGUGAUACUGUCCAGGAGAGGUGGCAGUAAGCACUCCAGCCUCAAGGCCCUCAUGAUUUGUAUGGUUAUGAGGCAACAGAAUGAACAAAAAUAAUUCCUCGAAGUCUGUAACUACAAAAACAGGCAAACAAAAAACCUGAAAGGGAUAAUAUGAAUCUAUGAAAAACAAUGCCCUGACUAUUCCAAUAAAAUGUUGCUGGAGGAGAGUUCAGAGGGAAAAAGGGCUCCACAUUUUUAAGGAAAGAAUGGUCAUCAGAUAUGUAGGGAGGAAAGUAGAUAUUCCAAUAUCUCGUUGAUAUACCUAAAGGCAAUCACUAGCAGAAUGACAUGAAAUGAUAAAUUCCACAUUUCUAGAAGAAAAGGAGAAUCAACAAUGAACUUGAAACCAUUGUGAAAUAAAAGAUUUUUGUUUUUUAUUUUUUACGGUUGACAGGAAGUACUUGGACGACAAAAACAAGAUAAAAAAUACCAUAGUGCAUAAAUCUGCAUAGGUUAAAAUUAGCUAGUAAAGGAUAGUUAUAUUGUAUUAAAGAGUGGACUGUAUUCUGUGGACUGAAUAUAGGCCCCAAAUGAAAUGACACGUGAAGGUUAAAAAUAAAGGUAUUUAGUAGAGCUAUCAAUCAUAUGCAAACAGAUAACAACAAAACAAUUGGAGGCAAUAUUAAUAUCAAGGAUGAAAUUAAGAAAAAUAGCAGAGCAAAAGAAGUUACUUUAUCUUAUGUUACAUACCAAAGUAGGUUUAAGAAUAAUGUCAGCUGGGAACAAUUCCCCAUAGACUUCUCAUGUUUCUGUGUGUCUUUAAAGCAGAGGCACCCAUUCUCCUUUUGUACACACUUAUUUUCAAGGAUAUUUAUAUAGCAAGCAGUCUUGGAAGAUACAGUGUUUACCAUUCCUGUAAGAGAUUCAAUUUCUAAGCUGGGUUCCUAUCCUGUAAAGAAGCUCACUGCGUAUGUAUUAUGUCAUCUGGGCUUUGUGUCACUCUGAGGGAAUUAGGGCAAAAUGCUGAUAUUCUGCUAUUCCUGUGAACAAUAAACUGUGCUUUA